AUGGUUCACGGUAUGAUGACGCUGAUCAAAUACGCUUUAUUCCUGUUCAACUUCGUUUUCUGGCUGUGUGGAUUGGCGUUGAUCGUGCCGGGGGCUCUGAUUCAGAUCAAGAAUUCGACAUACAUCAAUUUUCUGGGAAACUCGGUUCUAUCGGCACCGAUCAUCUUGAUCGUUAGCGGAUGCAUCGUGGCGAUUCUGGGUUUCUUCGGCUGCUGUGGCGCCAUUCGCGAAAACUACUGUAUGACGAUGACGGUGAGUAAGUGCGCAAAACUAACCAGUCUACAGCCAAACUGUGCUGUGCAUGACUCACUUCAUCCUGGCUUACUGAUCGCAACGGUUAGAUUAGUCUUAACCUGGCAAACUGCACCUCCCCCUCAUACGUAUAUCCGUCAUAUUUUUGCCAUCAAGCAGUUAUCAGCGAUUCAUAUAUUUAUUCCUUUUCUUUCAUACACUAUGAAACUAUUUCCACACAACUGCUGCUUCUGCCGAUGUGUUGGUAGGUUACAUAAAGAGUAA